AAUCGGCGGCGUCCUUGCUGGCGGCCAAUCGCCGCGCCGCGUCUUGGGCGGCGUUGUCAUGGUAACGGCGCGACGCCAUGAUGAGCCCCGCCGGGCCGCGGCCUUCGCCGGCAGGAGCAGGAGUGGGAUGUGCCCCCCUCCUCCGCCGAGGCAGCACCGGCACCAAGGCCCCGAAUUCCCGGAGAACUUCCACGGCUUCCGAGGGAAAAGCCGCGCGCAGGGGGGUCCUGGUGGGCAGCCAGGGAGCUGUGCAGGUUUUUGAUGAUGAAGGCAAGAACGUGACACCCCACCCCCUCUUCCAUCCAGACUCAAAUACUGCUGUACCCAGGACACAUGGAAGCAGCACUUGGAUAUCAAACUUAUCGACAACUGAGUUUGGUUUAGAUGAAACAGAACCUCAACAAGACCCAACUUUGAGCUUGUCUGGUGUAGAAGCAGCCCUGACAGAAGCAGAGCUGGAGCAGAGGGUGGAUAUUUACCUGUCAGAGACAGACACGCUCCGGAUGUUGGAUCUGCCAACUGCUGUGCUGUCCACGGAGGCAGAGGAAGCUGGGAGAGUUCUGGAGAGGAAUAAGAUUUAUGUGGAGAUUUGCAAAGCUAAAAUUGACAGUGAGUACUUUGAAGAAAAAAUGGUGCAAACCAUCUCUGGAGCUGCCAAAACCAAGGAGGUGCAAUGUGAGACAAUCACCGUGGCAGAGAAAGGGAUGAUGGUGACUUCCUGGGACUUUGACAAUUCACUGGAUGCCUCAGAAACAGAACCUACAGAGACAGAAGAACCCACAGACACAGAAGAGAAAAGCAGCAAAUCUCCCACAGCUGAAGAGCACGGUCAGGCUGUGGCUGUCCCUUCUGCCAGAGAAAGUGCUGUUCCUGCCAGGAGCCACGAGGGGAGAGAAUGCCUUUCAGAAGCCAUCUUAACAUCAGAAAAGCUGAAGCAGGAUUUAGUUGUCAUGGAGAGGAUUCUCAUGGAGAAUAUUUUUCAGCCCAAACUUGCAGUUUAUCGGCAGAUUCCUGUCCUUAUAGAACCUGAUGUUACCUCAGACACUGACAGGGAAGAAGGUGAAGAGGAUGAGGAGGAAAAGAAGGAUGAGAAAAAGCAAGAGGAAACAUCCUUUAAAUCAUCAGCUUUGUCAGAUGUAAAUCAAAGCCCAGCAGAAGCUGCAGCUCCCAGCCUGGAGCAGCUGUGGUCAUACAGGUGUGAUUUAACCAGUGGUCACAGCGUGAGCAGCAUGGCUUGGAACAAAGUGAACCCUGAUCUCUUAGCAGUUGGUUACAGAGAGUUUGUUUCUCAGGAUCAGAAGGGAGGCCUGGCUUGCUGUUGGUCACUGAAGAACCCCAUGUGGCCAGAGCGCAUUUUCCGCUGCGAGCACGGUGUUACUGCUGUGGAUUUCUCCCUGGCAAGCCCAAAUCUCUUGGCAGUUGGGAUGGCCAAUGGACACGUGGCCAUCUACGACGUCCGGAGCCGGAACGCCGCCGCGCUGCUGGACAGCAGUGCAUCCCUAAAUAAACACACAGGUCCUGUGUGGCAGCUGAGGUGGGUGGAACAGGACAGAGGUGCGACAGGAGGUUACAAGAAAGAGAGACUGAUGUGUAUCUCGGGAGAUGGGCGAAUGACCCAGUGGUUCAUACAGCAAAGGCUGGAUUGCUUUGAUGUGAUGACAAUCAAGCGAACACAAAGCAGGAAGAAAAAAUUACCAGGUGAGAGAGAAAGGAAAAGUGAAGCUCCCAUAUCUCAACAGGCAGCUGGAAUGUGCUUCGACUUCCACCCAGAGGACACUGAUAUUUUUCUUGCUGGAACAGAAGAGGGCCACAUCCACCUGUGCUCCUGCUCAGGCCAGGAGCAGAUUCUGGGGACAUACAGGGGCCAUAAGCAGGGUCCCGUGUACAAAGUUGCCUGGAAUCCCUCAAGCACGGACAUGUUCCUCAGCUGCUCUGCAGACUGGAGCAUCCUUUUAUGGCACCGGGAUUCCCACACCCCUCUUUUAACUUUCACUUCUGUCACAGCUUUUGUUCAUGACAUCAAGUGGGCUCCAAAAUCAGCCCUCAUCUUCGCAGCAGUGAAUGAAAGGAGGGUGGAGAUUUGGGAUCUGAGUGUCAGCAUCUUCAACCCCGUGCUCUCCUGUGCUGCCAGCCCCGAAGGGAAUCUCAGCUCCAUCCUCUUUGCCAAGAACGCCGAGUGCCUGCUGCUGGGGGACAGCUGUGGGCAGGUGGGAGUGUGGCAGCUGCACAACCUGGCUGCUCCCAGCACCAAGGUUGGUUCCUUGCGUGACAUCGUGUCUCCUGCUGGAGCUGUUUAACAGUAGCUGAUAUCCCUUCUCCUUUGGGAAACAGCAGGAAAGACUUGCUGUAGUAUGAACAUAAACUGGUUAUCCUUUUUUAAUCAUUAAAAUUUCUCUUUGAAGCACA